AGCAGGUCUGUUGUGAGCGAUGGAGGGAUGCAUGGUCCGUCUCCACAGUGUUCACUUCAGGGGUGCUUUUAGUGCUCAGCCCAUCAUUGUCAACUUCCACGAACUCUUCCAGACCAGAGAUGCUCCUACAAUUCUGCCUACGGUAAAAAAUGAGGAUGUUCUGCGGGCUGUGGUGGCUCUAAUGGACACCUCUUUGCCUGAAAUUGGCCCCAGAGAUGUGCAUGAAACAGUACACUACCCUGGGAUACAUACUAUUAUUUUGUCACAAGACCAUGCAGAUGUUUUAGAGGACUAUAGCGGGAGAGCUUCCCAAAAGGGGACAAAUUUGAGCCCAGUACCCUGUAAAGCAAAAGUGGAAGCUGAUUCCACACACAAGCUGCUGACUGAGCUAUACAGCGACUCUGAAGAGAGUACAGAGGAAACCUCAGAGGAGAUGAUAGCAACAGAGACAAGUGUCAGUUGGUCUUGGGAGCAAUUCUGUGAAGGCCUCCAGGAAUUUGUUGACGGAGCGAGAGAUAGGAAAGAAAAAAGAGCAGUACAACAAGAAGACGGAAAGAUUCUGCCAUCCGCCGUGGGAGUUGAAUCUUUGAUCAUGGCUGCUGCCUGCUACGAACUCAAGAUACUAUCUACAGGAGACAUGGUGCUUCAGCUGUCUCUGUUGGCUGUUAGGAAACGAUACCGGCACCUUGGGAUUGGCAGCUACAUAAUGGAGCUUUUGAAGACUCAGUCUAUAGUAGGGAAAUAUGAUACACUUGUUGCCCACGCUGACACUGAUGCAAUAGGCUUCUUCAAAUUCCACGGGCUCACUGAUGACCCUCUGCUCAAUGACCAGUUCAAAGAGCUGAAAGAUGAUUGGACUAACAGUAUUCUCAUGAGCUACCUGCCACCCUUUACUACAGACUUAGAAAUGAGAAAUCCCGUUUUCUCCCUGAGUUUACGAGAGGUGGAGAUGAACAUGGAUGUGGCAAGGUCGCAGGCUCUCUUUGCAUAUCAGCAACAGGUAAUGUGUGUGACGAGACUACUCGAAGAGGUCAAGAUCUUACGCAAACAGCUAGAUCUAAAACGUGAGGAAGUGGACCGCCUCAACUCCAAGCUAGAACAAGAAAAACGAAAGCGACAUGAUAUAGAAAACAAGUUCUUGAUGUACAGGCUGAAGAACACAAAAGAACUGUUAGACAAUAUUGCCUCAGACUCAGAUGAUCAGGGACUAAUUGAACGGGAGCAUGCAAAUCCAGGAACACAAGAGCAAGAAACAGCACAGUCUGAAGAACCUCCCUUUCAAACAACAGAGGGUGCUGGAGUUUAACGUUUUGUAGCUUUUACUGCAGACUUUGUUUGAUGUCUAUUCUCACAUUUAUGCAUUUGUUUGUAUGUUUAUUUGUACCCCUGUCUUGUAGUUUUUGAAUGUCAUGUUUUUGAGAGGCACUCUCUUGGUUGCGAGUAGUAAAAUGCCUCUGGACCAUCUACAUAAAAGCUUUGGGAAAUAAAACA